ACUCACACUGCUCGUCAUCUCUCUGUCCCUGUCCGAGACCCUCCUCCUCCUCCUCCUCCACCAGUCCGUUCAUCUCAGCGCAUCGGAGGUUAGUUUAUGGGGAGAGUGGCCGCUCCCUGCAGCGGCCCCGGCAGGUUCGUGUCUUUUCUCACCGCGGUUCCGUGCUUACCCUGCAAACAGCAGCAGCGGCAGCGGCGGCGACGACGGAAUCUGUCUACGGCAGUGGACCGGGGCAGGGGUAGGAGGAUGAGCGAACUGGGCAAGAGUGCCGCGUCCACGCCAGCGAGCGGGACACCAGCCCCGGGCUCGGACACCUAUAAAGGCUGGCUCUUUAAAUGGACUAACUAUAUCAAAGGUUACCAGCGCAGAUGGUUCGUGCUCAGCAAUGGACUGUUGUCCUAUUACAGGACACAGGCAGAGAUGGCCCACACAUGUCGCGGCACCAUCAACCUUGCCACGGCGCACAUCGACACAGAGGAUGCCUGCAAUAUAGUUCUGAGCAGUGGGGGUCGCACUUACCAUCUGAAAGCCAGCACGGAGGUGGAGAGGCAGAGAUGGGUGACAGCGUUGGAGCUGGCCAAGGCUAAAGCCAUCCGAAUGAUGAAUGAUCAGUCUGAUGACUCUGCGGACGAGGAGCCAACCUCUCAGUCUGACAACAGUGAGAUCCAUGGUACACUGAAGACACUGGCCAGUAAGUUGGAUGACCUUAGCACGUGUAAUGACUUGAUAGCUAAGCACGGAGCGGCGCUGCAGCGGUCUCUGAGUGAGCUUGAGUCCUUACGAGUGCCUCUGGAGGGAGGAGAGAAGAUCAAGGCUGUGAAUGAGAGAGCAACCCUCUUCCGCAUCACCUCCAAUGCUAUGAUCAAUGCAUGCCGAGAUUUUCUGGACCUGGCAGAGAGCCACAGCCGCAGAUGGCAGCGAGUACUUCAGCAUGAGCGAGAGCAGCGCACCCACCUGGAGGAGACCAUUGAGCAGCUAGCCAAGCAGCACAACAGCCUGGAACGAGCCUGGAGAGAGGCCCCCUCACACACCGUUAACACGCCUGACACACCCAACACCGAUACGGGAGUGAGUGUAAAGCCCAGGAAAGAGGAAGCGAGUGAUGAAGAUGAGGAUACAGAGUAUUUUGAUGCCAUGGAGGACUCACCUGCCUUUAUAACAGUGACUGCCACAGACCUAUCUCAACACCGGCAUUCUCAGAGUAAUCUCAGUGGUGCUAGCGGAGGACACCCCUACGACUGGAACCAAGAGGACAAUUGUUCUAUCAGCAGUAAUGAUUUUUCAGGGAAAGAGCUGCAGCCUCACAGGAGGAGGCGGCGGACACAAAUCCCAGAGAAACCCAACUAUUCGCUCAAUCUGUGGAGCAUCAUGAAGAAUUGCAUUGGCAAAGAACUCUCUAAGAUCCCAAUGCCUGUGAACUUUAACGAGCCCCUGUCCAUGCUGCAACGCUUGACAGAGGAUUUGGAGUACCAUGAGUUGCUGGAUAAGGCAGCGCGCUGUGAGAACUCUCUAGAGCAGAUGUGUCUGGUUGCAGCCUUCUCUGUCUCAUCCUAUUCCACCACAGUGCAUCGGACGGCCAAGCCCUUCAACCCUCUCCUGGGAGAGACGUAUGAACUGGACCGCCUGGAAGAAUUCGGCUACCGUUCCAUCUGUGAACAGGUCAGUCAUCAUCCACCAGCGGCUGCUCAUCAUGUGAUGUCACAGCGAGGCUGGACCCUGUGGCAGGAGAUCACCAUCGCUAGCAAGUUCCGUGGCAAAUACCUCUCCAUUAUGCCUCUGGGUGCAAUCCACCUGCAGUUUCAUGCGAGUGGAAACCACUAUGUGUGGCGUAAAGUCACCUCCACUGUACACAACAUCAUUGUGGGCAAACUGUGGAUUGAUCAGUCAGGAGAUAUUGAUAUAGUCAACCACAGUACCAAAGAGACCUGUCAGCUUAAGUUCUCUCCCUACAGUUACUUCUCAAGGGAAGUCCCACGAAAGGUGACAGGGGUGGUGAUGGACAGUGAUAGCCAGGCCCACUACAUCCUAUCAGGUACAUGGGAUGAUAAGAUGGAGAGCGCCAAGAUCGUGCAGAGUAGCAGAGGAAGCAGCAGCUCUGAGGGCAAACAGAAGACAGUCUACCAGACGCUCUCACCCAAACUACUGUGGAAGAAAUAUCCACUACCUGAUAAUGCUGAGAAUAUGUACUAUUUCUCCUCUCUGGCUCUGACACUGAAUGAGGAAGAGGAAGGUGUGUGUUUGACAGACAGCAGGCUGAGGCCGGACCAGCGGCUGAUGGAAGCUGGACGCUGGGACGAAGCCAACUCAGAGAAACAGAGACUAGAGGAGAGGCAAAGAGCCACGAGGAGGAAGAGAGAGGCUGAUGCGUCAGAAGCCAUAGAUGAAGGGCGGGAAUUUGAGGGCUACAACCCACUGUGGUUCCACCAAAGGACAGAUGAAAGGACGGGAGAGACUAUCUAUGUCUAUAAGGGUGGUUACUGGGAGGCCAAAGAGAGACAGGACUGGAGGAUGUGUCUUGAAAUCUUCUGACCACAUUUGACUAACUCUGAAAAUAGACAAAAGGGGAAUGAUCCCUUUACGUGGACUCCUCAAGGUCUGCAGACUGAUUCCUGUAUGACCACAGAGGUAGUGAAGGCAGGUCAUGAAAACCUGCUCUGUUUGGAACUCCUAGAGAGUGAGUGUGUGUUUGUGUGUCAGUGUGUGUUUGCAGACCUAAUGACAUAUAUCUUUGCCUGUCUCUUAAACAGACUUGCACAGGAAAAGAGUAGAGCGGGACACCAAAUCUAAACAUGUUUUAUCUGAAGUUCACCUCAAAGACAAGUGUGUGUGCAGUUGAACUCUUCUAGCCAAGUGCCGCCCCAAGUAAUCUUCCAAAGCAAAUCAGGUUGUUUUUAUUCAGUACAACCCCUUCGCAAAUGCACUUUCUUUACUCGUUCCUGUUUAUAAUGAGUUCAUAUUAAAGAUGCUCUUGCCCUGGAAAACACAUUUGAAGAAAAGGAGACUCAAGACAACUCAAGGAUCUGUAACAUUUAAACGAGAGAAACAUAAGUGUGAUUGUUCAGCUUAAAGGCUUGUGUACUUCCUGUAGUACCUUUUCAUAUUAACAAUACCAUAUUUGAGCAAAGGAAGUUCUUGACAUUUGCAUAUCCCAUAAAAUUAAGGGAUCAUGAUGGUUCAUCAUUGAACAGCCAGCUAAAGACUUUCUCCCUGGCCCCUCCCUCUCUGCUUAGCUCAAGAUAGCUAAGAAUCAUCUCAUGUAUUCAAUUAGCCAACGAGGUUCAAAUAAAUAUCAGCUUCUUUUAAAGGGACAGUUCACUCUGAAAAAUUCUGUCAUUAAUUACUUGCUUUCAUGUUAGUAUGACUUUCUUCUGUGGAACACAAAAGGAGAUAUUUAGCUAUAUGUCCAAACUCCACUUUUUACAUUCAAUAGGCCCAGGAACUAAAGCCUGUUUUAGGUACUUUUUGAGAAACAAGUUUUCGUUGCAAUCGCACAAUAUGAACUAUAGUUCCUCUUAGCCGUUUAGCAGGAGUUCUUUUUAGCGCCUACUCAGUGGUAGGUACUUUUCAGGUGAAGAGCAACUGUGGAAGGUGCUGCAGCCUGUGAUUUGUCAUAAACGUAUGACUCGCGAAGCAAUGAGAAAUGAAAAGAAUCAGCAGCAGCCAUAAGUAAACAAACUUGAAGCUGCUAGCGUGCUAUUUGGAGGAUUGCGCUAAUUUUCCAAAUCUUAUUAUCAACAUGUUUUCCGCUAAAUUCGGAGUGCGUGGUUGAAAUAGGCUGAGCGCUUAAUCUCUCCUCUCACAAUGGCUUCAGGGUCGUAGCACUGCGCAGCUCAUGCACCCAGUGUAAAGACUGUAACUUGCAGAAACAGCUUGUGAAAAACAGCCUUAACAAAGUGUUUUGCUUUGUAUCUCGUGCGCGAACAAUGUCAGAAGAAAACGGUGGACUCUACAUAAGGUCAUCACAGGGGAUUAAGAUAGAACACUGUGGCCAUUGGCUGUCAAGCUCCAAGACGUCCUUAGCUUUUGAAGUUAUCACAAGGCUUCAGACUAGGUGUAUACAGUAGCGCACAAGCCAUGUGGUCCAUAUUUGUGCAUGGAUGUUCUGCAAAACAUCAUUUAUGUUCCACAGAAGAAAGACGAUCAUACUGGUUUGGAGCAGGAUGGGGGUAAAGGGUAAGUAAAUGAUGAAAGAAUUACCAUUUCUAUGAAAGAGCCCUUGUGUCUGUUGUAUUGGACAAUACAACAGUGGUCAUUUUAUAUGUUACUGUGACUGCCACAGUAUCAUGCAUAUCAAUGCAAUUGAAAUUCUUUUUUGUACAAUCAGCAUACUGAAUGAAUAAAUUAUCACCCAACAAAAGAAAAUGAGUCACCCAUAUAAACUUUUAAAAGAACACAAUCAUCCAUUCAAGCAAUCACCCAUUUCAAAUACAAAAUGUUAUACAGAAAAGAUCUAUUUUGUGUUAGGCAAUGUACCCAUGAGAAAUGCUUGUAUUUAUUAGCAGUAGAAAUAGUGGACUACUACCCAAGUGUUCCUAAUGAAGGGGAUGGCUGUCUAUCAUGUUAUAAUGUGGUGCUGUUAUAGAGAAGCACACUUUAUAUUCCCAUAGAGUUGAAUUGAAUUGUUACAUUUCAGUGACCCAAUAAUACAGGUACAUAAAACCCUAGAUUAAUCCGUUGUAGAACAACAGCGAAAAAAGUGAUGAAAAAGGACACAUUUUAGUUUUGCUGUGCACUUUAGUACUCUGCAGAUCCAAAACAAACAUGUGUAGCUUCAGUUAGAUACUGUCAAAAUCAAAUCAAUUUCUUUCGAGUGUUAAAAUUAUAGUUCACCUAAAAAAUGUAAUUCAUGAUUUACAGACGCUCAGUCAAUAUUCACUUUCAUUGCAUACAUUUUUUCAUGCAAUGAAAGUGAACUGCUUAAAGCGGAUGAAUGUAAUUUCUGGGAUACUAGUGCCAACGAACAGAAUUGCAAAAUUAAACAAUGUUUUCAAAACAGCUUUCUGAAUAUGCCUCUCACCUGCAGUUGUUCAAGUAGUCCCGUCCCCAACUCACGCCAUUGGUUGAGUAAUAUUGUUGGGGCAGGUCUAAGCGAGUCUCUCAAAACAAACAG